ACCAAUCGCAAAAGAGCACCGAUAUGGGUAGAAGGUACUUAAACCAAGAGCGGUGAAGUCCGUGGAAUUCGAGAAGGUUGUGCGUAAUAGAACGUCAAAAUGGAGUGUCUAAAGUUCGUCGUGGUUUUACUUGCAGUUUUCCAUGGUUCGCUCUCAAGACCUCGAGAUGAUGAGUUUCGUGCUGUUGUCGAGGAUCUUAGGAGAAUUGUUGAGAGAAAAAUGAAAGACAUGGAGGGUAAACCAUCCCCACCCGGUCCCAGCGGAACCAUAAGCCCACCUGGACCCUUAAUGCCCAAGAAAAUGCUUCUGUCAUUUAUAGAUAACUACUAUGGAGACUUUCCUGCCGGAAACUACUCUUGGGACAUGCCAAUGGACACGAACAGAUUGGCCGAUUUCUACACCUGGUUUAAAAAUGCAAACAUCCCGAGCACACCUAUGUUUCAAAGUCCUGUAUUCUCGAAAAUGGCCACAAAAUGUUUGGAUUCGUAUUUCCAAUGUGCCGCAAUGAAGAUUAACCAGAUGGUUUUCUAUGUCUUAAAAGAGCAAGAGACUGCCAUGACCGCUGAAAAAGAUAAGACAAUGUAUACUGAAAUACGACGCAUUCUUGAGGCCGAGUUGACUGACCCUUCAGCCAUCACCAAGGAAAUCGUAACUAAGAGUCACGCGCAUACCUAUGACACCAUUAUGAACAAGAUCGAACAGUUCCAACUGAACGAGAUGGCUAAAUUCAUGCAGAAUAUGAGAAUGUCCAUGAUGAAAGCAGUAAGAAAAGGCUGGACUGUUGAUGAAUUAAUCCAAAAGUUGAUGGAGACCAGCGACAUCUACAGAUGUCCUGAUGUAGAUGACUUAUGGGAGUUCCACAAACAGAUUUCGGUUUAUUUCCAAAGAAGAUUUUCCAAAACCACGCCCUUCGUCGAGGCAGAAGCUUGGUUGGCCAAUUUUCUCCGUGAGCACGUGAAAGACCCUGCCACUGUCGUCCAGGGAAUCCUUGGGGUUUACCGGGGUUACAUCACCGGGGCUGUAGGGGUUUUCCAACAAGUAGAGAAGCACAUGACCUCAGGAAAUACGGAUGAUAUCCUACGAUUUGUUUCACGGUUCCUAAGCAAAGAGCAACUCUCGUACUUGGAAUCCAUCUUACGCGAUUUGAACGAUUCCGAUGAAAAUGACGGGGAUGAUGACAUGGACGAUACAGGUUCUCACGAUGAUGAUUCAACUCCGGAAGUUACAGGGUCCCCCGAUAACGAUUUAUACCCAGGAGGUACAGGUUCCGCCGAUGCUGAUUCGGAAAAUACGAUCACUGGAUAUGAACAAGACGAAAAUGAUGCACCGAAACGAGGAUAUUUGAAAAGUUCGUAUGAGGAAGAUGAUGACGAAGAGGAUGAAGAGGACGAAGAUGAAGAGGACGAGUCUAGCGAAGGUGCAUAUCAGGAAAAUGACGAUUGAAUGUGAAACUCAUCAUGUGAAAGUAUCGAAACUUCGACUUUUUAAGAAAUCGUAUGAUGAUAAUUAUGACGAUUCUUGUUAAGUUGAUAAUUCAACAAAAAGUGCUUACAAAGAUAAUGAGGACGACAUCCGAUAUUUAUCCUAUAGUAAACACGUAUUGCCUUAACUCAUA